GAAGGUCCACGAAUGUCCAGGUGGAGGAUAUAUAAAGCGGAAGACGUGCAUGUUAAGUCAGUGUACGAGAAGCUUCCAAGUGACAGCUAGGAAAAAUAAAAUAUAUCUUUUUUUCGACAUGAAUCCAUUGAUAAUCGCUUUAUGCGCCCUCGUGGCAACGACAGUAGCCGCCCCCCUUGACGACACCACUCCAAUCCCCAUCCUCAAGCAAGCCUUGGACGGGCCCAACCCCGACGGCUCUUAUAACUACAGCUACGAGACCGGUAAUGGCAUUCAGGCUCAGGAAGAGGGUCAUCUCAACAAUGUCGGUACCGACAGCGAAGCCCUGGAGGCACGAGGCAGCUUCAGCUUCACUGACGCCAACGGCCAGACCUAUCAAAUCUUAUACGUGGCGAACGAGAACGGAUUCCAGCCGGAGGGUGCUCAUUUGCCCACCGCGCCGCCGGUACCAGCUCAUAUCCUAAAGGCCCUUCAGUACAUCGCCGAACAUCCCGAGGAGGACGAAAAGCAUUAAAGGACACCGGAGAAGACCCCAUGAUGGAAUAGAACGAGGCGAGUCAAAGAUGCGAAUCUUCAGGAUGUAAGACGGAUGUAGGACAAGGCGGAUCUGAUCGUUAUAUCGAGAAUUGAUGGGUACUCGAUUCCUGUAUAAGGCGGUCCUUUGUGUCGUCAUUUUUGUAUUUAUGCGCGCCUCUACAUGAAUUUUUUAAUAUUCUUUUGUACAAUAUCUGUAUACAAAUAGAAUCUGAAUAAUAUAUUAUAAAUAAACUUCAUCGAUGUGCAA